CCUCCCCAUUACAAAAUCAGCUAAUGCUAGGUAAACCUUCUCACUCAAAACCAACUCACAAGCAAGCACUUGAAGGCCAAAGAUUUUCGCCGCCGUUUCGAUUCCCGAGUUCUAAUCCGAGUUAACUCAGUCCGAUUUUGGGCUUACUUAAGCCUUUUGAAGUGUGCAGAAAUGGGUAAGAAAAAGAAUCCUCUUGUUUUCUUCGACAUAUCAAUUGAUGGGGAUCCUGUGGAAAAAAUUGUUAUGGAGCUUUUUGCUGAUGUCGUCCCUAAGACAGCAGAGAAUUUUCGGGCACUAUGUACAGGUGAGAAGGGCAUUGGAAAAUCUACUGGCAAGCCUCUGCACUAUAAAGGAACAAUGUUUCAUCGAAUAAUUAAAGGGUUUAUGGCGCAAGGUGGUGACUUUUCUAAGGGAAAUGGCACUGGUGGAGAAAGUAUUUAUGGAGGGAAGUUUGCUGAUGAGAAUUUUAAACUGGGGCAUGAUGGACCUGGUUUUCUCUCUAUGGCAAAUAGUGGUGUGAACACAAAUGGAUCUCAGUUCUUUAUAACCUUCAAGCGGCAACCCCAUCUUGAUGGGAAACAUGUUGUUUUCGGAAAGGUUGUGAAGGGAUUGGACAUAGUUAAGAAAAUUGAGCAGGUGGGAACGGCUGAUGGGAAAACUGCCCAACGUGUAAAAAUCAUUGACUGUGGUGAAUUUUCUGAAAGUAAAAUUCAGGAUGGCAAAGAGAAAGCUGAAAAGAAAAAAUCAAGGAAAAUCUCUUCUUCGGAGGAUAGUUCUGAUGGGGAAGAUGCAGAAAGGCGCAAAAAAUCUUUGAAGGAAAGAAGAAAGAAAAGAAAGAGGAGAUACUCUUCAUCAGAUUCCUAUAGCUCCGACUCUGAUUCUGAUUCUUACUCUUCAAAAUCUGAUUCGCCAUCAGCUUCAGAAUCAGAUACCUCGCUGUCUGAUUCUAGUUCCUCUAGUGAUGGAAGGCGUAGGAAGAGGAAAUCAGGUAAAAGAGAUAAGCAAGAAAGUGGGAGAAAAAGGAAGGAUGCACAGAGGAUGAAGAAGAGAACCCGGCAUCACCAACGGUCACGACGCAAAUCUAAAUGGAGUUCAGACAGUUCGAGUGAUUCUGAGAGUGAGAGUGCUAGUGGUAGCAGCAGUUCUGGUGAUGAAAGAGCUGGUCGUCUCGGUUCAGCUCGCAAAAAGGAUUUGAGAAAGAAAUCCCUGACCCUUCCCUCAGGAGAAGUAGCUGUCAAAGAACAGCAAAGGAAUCAUGAGUUGAAGACAGCUGAGGACACCUUAUCACACGAAGAGGGUGAAUUAUCUUUAAAGACUGAUAAGCUUCAAAAUAAUGGGCAUGGCACUGAAGCAAAGUCGGGUAAAACUGUUGAUCGACAUUCUUAUUCAGAUGAUACAAGCAAAUCCAGGAGUAUGAAUCCAAGCCCAAAAAGAAGGUCAAACAACAGAUCUAGGGGUAGCCCCAGCUUGAGUCCUAAAAGGAUUGUCAGGAAUGAUGGAAGUUCUCCCAAGAAGACCAAUGAUCAGAGUGCUGGGCAUAAAGCCCCUGACCCUUCUGCUUCUAACCGUGGCCGGGAUUUGUCUCGAAGCCCAGCUCCAGAUGGUGCUCCAAAGCGCAUUAGAAAAGGCCGUGGCUUUACUGAACGCUACGCUUUUGCACGUCGGUACCGUUCUCCAGAGCGUUCACCUCCUAGAUCCUUCCAGUACGGUGGAAGAAAUAUUGAAAGGAAUCGAGAUAGGUAUUCAAGUCACAGAAAUUAUUCUGAACACUCUCCACGUAGAUAUUACAGAAGCCCACAAAGAGGCCGGAGUCCCCCCAGAUACAACUACAGGAGAACCCGAAGUAGGAGCAUUUCUCGUAGUCCAGAUGGUUAUCGUGGCCGUUACAGGAACCGCAGCAAGAGCCGGAGUCCAAUACGUAGUCCUAGUCCAAGAGAUAAGCGGCCGUCCAUUAGUGAGGGGUUAAAAUCUCGUCUAGGUCCUAAAAUUGAAGAAGGGCGCUCUCCUAUCAAAAGAAGAUUUAGGUCCAGGUCUAAGUCCUCGUCCAGGAGCUUUUCUUCUCAUUCUAAAUCUCCGGAGAUUUCACCAGCAAAGAAUCGUAUUAGAAUACCUUCUGCAUCUUCCAGCAAGUCUGCAUCAAGUUCACCAUCUGGACAAAGAGGGUUGGUUUCCUAUGCAGAUUAGAUCUCUUUCCGGAAUUAGGUAGUUGAGUGGCUUCUUGGUCAGGGAUUGGUGGACUGCACGUUCUGAUAAAAUCUGUCUGAAACCUAUUUGUGCCGUGAAUUUGAAGUUAAUAUAUAAGCAUGACUAGAGGCCUAUCCAUAAGAGAUUAAAAUUAUGCUUUGCAUUGUAAUGUAAGUUGAAUUCAUAAAAUUUCGGAGCAGGUUAGCAGAGAAUUUAGCUGGUAAUGGAAAUGUCUCAAACUUUCGAUUAACGAUUCUGGUAUUGCUGCUGAUUCAUUUUGUAUGUUGCAAUAUAAUUCCCUUUUUUCU